AUGCAUCACCAGAACGACGCUGUCACCAUUGCAGAUGCUGAUGCUGCCGCCUUGCCAAGCGCGCAGCCAAAUGGAUCUUUGCCCGCGUUCGACCAGAAUAUGCUGGGCCAGGCAAAUCCCCCCCAGGCCAUGGCAGCCAUGAUGGCCGGCCGGCCAUUCAUACCAGAUUCGAGCCUGGGCGACGUCCCCAUGGCGGAUGGGACAUUUGUGAUGCCCAUGAUGAUGCCACAUAGCCUGUCCACGGAAAUGCCAAAAAAUACGGUAUCUGCUGACGACAUCGCCCUGUAUGACAGGCAGAUCCGCCUCUGGGGCAUUGCUGCCCAAGAAAAGAUCCAAAACGCCCACAUCCUCCUCAUAACCAUGCGUGGCCUCGCCCACGAAAUCGCCAAGAAUCUCGUCCUUGCAGGCGUCGGCUCCAUCACCCUGCUCGACGGCUCCUCCGUCACAGAAACCGACCUAGGCUGCCAAUUCUUCCUCUCCCAAGGCGGCGAGAGCCUCGUCGGCCAGAAUCGCGCCGAGGCAGCCAGCCACGCACUUGGCAAGCUCAACCCCCGAGUCCGCGUACACGUAGAUCCCGAAAGUGUCACGGCAAAGGGACCCAGCUACUUUGCCGCCUAUGACGUCGUCAUCGCGACGGACCUGGACCCCGGCACAUUCAACAUCAUCAACACGGCCACGCGGAUCAACGGGCGGCCGUUCUACGCUGCCGGCACGCACGGCAUGUACGGCUUCAUCUUCAGCGACCUCAUCGAGCACGACUACAUCAUCUCCCGUGAAGCCAGCAACGUCUUCACGACGCCCAAGCGGGAGUCGCGCACCCGCUCCAUCAUCGACGUGAAGACCAAGCAGGACGGCGGCAAAAUCAUUGAAUCCGUCACCAAGCGCGAGCUCUACUCGACGUGGUUCCUCGCUAGCGACGUGGCCGUCCUCCCGCCAGAAUACACCUCCUCAAAGCGGCGCCUAAAGUCCGUCACGCCCGCUCUGUCUUGCCUCCGGGCUCUCUGGGAGUUCAAGCAACUCCAGGGCAACCGCCUUCCCAGCAACAGAGAGGAUUUGAAGCUCUUCACCCAGAUCGCCACCCAGAAGCACAAAGCGCUCAGCCUGCCCAGCGAGACGCUGCGGCCCGAGUUCCUGCGCAGCUUCCUCCAGAACCUGGGCAGCGAGAUCGCCCCCGUCACCGCCAUCCUCGGCGGCCAGCUGGCCCAGGACGUCAUCAACGUGCUCGGCCAGUCGCAGCAGCCUAUCCAGAACAUGGUCAUCUUCGACGGCAACAAAAUGGAAGCCCCCGUGUAUCCUCUCCACCCUGAGCUCGAGCUCGGCGCAAGCCUGCUAUCCGUGCCCAACGCCAAUUCUGCCGCCGCGGGGGACCCCGUGAUUCCCGGAGACGUGCACAUGUUUGGCGCCGCAGAGAACACUGCAUAUCCCGUGGUGGCGCCAAUGCAUAAUGUAGACAUGGCCGUCGUGAACGUCAAGGCACAAGACGCUCCCGCACAGCCGGCAGACGGUCAGAACAACGACAAGGCGGACACAGAAAAGGAGACGUCAAAUGAGGCUUCCAAGCAAGGCGCUCCUGCGUAG